AAUGAGAGCGAGGGAGGCAGAGAGAGAGAGAGGGAGAGAGGGUGUGUUUUUGUAUCACUGCAGCAUCAGCACAGAGAGAGAGGAGAGGGCACAAUCAAUUUGAUAGAGAGAGGGGAAGAGAGAGAGACCGAGAGGAAGAAAACAAGGAGGACAGAGGAAAAGGAGAAUCAACAUCCCUGAGGCCAUCUUUUAAACCUGUGGAGGGAAGACUGCAGGAGGGUGUGGACCUGAGCGAAAAAGAGAGAAAAUAGAGAGAGAGGCUGAGAGCCAAAGGAAACCAGGAGUAAAAGGUAGAAGAAAAGGAAGAGAAACUCUGGCUUAACAUCGGGCGUGACAACAGAGACAGAGUCACACGCUCGGCAGGAGUGUGUGCAGAUUGCCCUCUGUGUGCGUUUCACGUGUGUGUUGAGCAGGUGGGACUUUGAUGGGACAGUGAGCAAUGCCUCACACUCAGCAACAUCAGGUUGGCAGUAGGGGGCGACGCCCCCAUCUCCUCCUCCACCCUAUCCUCCUCCUCCCUCUCUUCUCUCUCCUCCUAUCCCACGCCCCCCAGCUCAGCCAAGGAGCCAUACACAUACCUUCUAACUACCAAAUACAUGAAUUUAAGAAACCCCCAGUGAUCACCACCCAGCCUGAGUCCAUCACUGUGUUCGGUGCUGAAGACAUCCUUCUGACCUGCGAAGCAUCAGGGAACCCUCCUCCCGAUUUCCGCUGGACUAAAGAUGGGGAAGAAUUUAUCCCUGCCAAUGACCCGGGCCUGUCGGUGUCUCCGGGUUCUGGAACCUUCAUGAAAACCGGGGUGGUGUCAGGCCCCAUGAGCCAAUACAAGGGCAAAUACAUCUGCUACGCUGAAAACGCAUUAGGAACGGCUGUGUCUAACGAGGUCCAGCUCAUCACUGAGAACACCCCGGCCCUGCAGAAAGAGCAGAAGGUGAAGAAGAAGGUGGAGGAAGGAGAGAGUGUGGUACUGAAAUGUAACCCUCCCUUCAGCACUGUUCCUCCUGUCAUCCACUGGAUGGACGAGCGAAUGCAUCACAUUGAGCUAAAUGAUCGUGUAACCCAGGGCCGGGACGGGAACCUAUACUUCUCUCACGUCACCGUCGAUGACACCCGUAUUGACUACACCUGUAACGCCCAGUACCUCAGCGCUCGCACCAUCCUCUCCAAGGAACCCAUCACCCUGACUGUUACAACCUCUAACUCAGUGGUUCGGAGCCGAAGGCCCCAGAUGAUGAGGCCCUCGGGGACCCACAGCACUUACCUCGCCCUCCGGGGCCAGAGCCUGGAGCUAGAGUGCAUCGUCCAGGGCCUCCCUACCCCUACAGUCCAGUGGGUGAGGAAGGACGGUCAGCUGUCAGAGUCCCGUACAUCCAGACAUCUGUUUGACCGUCUGCUGCGCAUCAGCAACAUCUCAGAUAGCGACGGGGGAGAGUACCAGUGUUCAGUCAACAACUCACAGGGCAAGGUCACACACACCUACACCGUCAGCGUGGAAGCGGCUCCAUACUGGACCAAGGAGCCAGUAAGCCAGCUCUAUGCCCCAGGAGAGACGGUGAAACUGGACUGUCAGGCUGAUGGCAUCCCGUCUCCUGCUGUCGCCUGGAGCAUCAACGGAAAACCCAUCACAGGCAAAGACCCAACCCCUAGGCGUACUAUGAGAGAUGGAGCUGUGAUUCUGAUAGAUGUGGUCUUCACUGAUACAGCAGUCUACCAGUGUCAGGCCCACAACAAACACGGAACCAUCCUAGUCAAUACCUACAUCUUCGUCAUCGAACUGCCUCCUCAGAUCCUGAAUGCUGACGGACAGAAGUACAACUUCACAGAGGGACAGACGGCUGUACUGCAGUGUCAGACCUUCGGCUCUCCCAGACCUAAAGUAACAUGGGAGAGGAACAGCAGCGCUUCUCUACUGGCUGAGCCCAGGGUUAACCUGCUGACCAAUGGAAACCUCCAGAUCACCAACGUCUCCCACGGCGACGAGGGCCUGUACACCUGCUCCGUUAGCAAUACCAACCUGUCAAUCAACGCUGACCUGGAUGUCAUGAACAGGACAGUGAUCCUGUCUCCUCCUGGGUCUCUGCUUGUUCAGCCUGGUAAGACGGCCAUCUUUACCUGCCUGGCACAGGUGGACCCCAAACUGACCCCUCCACACAUUCAGUGGAAGAGGAGCGGACAGGAACUCUUUCAGUCAUACGCCGAGGACAAGUACACAUUUGAGGGCCCAGACCUGAUUGUGGCCAAUGUGCAGACAGAAGACGAGGGUGUUUACACCUGUGAGGUCAUCACCAACCUGGACAGGGUUGAGGCCAGCGGUUCCAUCAUUAUAGUCGACCGUCCAGACCCCCCCACCCAGCUCCAGGUCUCUGACCCUAAGGGCCGCAAUGUCACCCUGAGUUGGACCGCAGGAGAUGACCACAACAGCCCUGUCAUAGUGUUUGUGGUGGAGUUUGAAGAUGGUGACUCUAAGGAGCGGGGUUGGGAGGAGCUGAAGAGAGUCAGUGGAACUCAUGAGAGCGUGACCAUUUCUCUGCAACCAUACAUGUCCUACCGCUUCCGGGUCAUCUCCAUCAACAACAUCGGGAAGAGUGACCCCAGCAUGCCCUCUGACCUUCACAGCACCCCACCUCAAGCUCCAGACAAUAACCCAGAGAAUGUGAGGAGUGAGUCUACAGACCCAGACACCCUGGUCAUCACAUGGGAGGAGAUGGACAGGCGUGUGUUUAACGGCCCAGAGUUCCACUACAAGGUGUUCUGGAAAAGGGUGGUAGGUGACACAACCUGGUACUCUAAUGUCUCCACUGAGCCACCGUACAUCGUCACUGAAGUGGGCAAAUUCUCCGCCUUUCAAAUCAAAGUUCAGGCUGCCAAUCAGAAAGGAGAGGGACCUGAGCUUGACCCUGUGACUGGUUACUCUGGAGAGGACAUCCCCCUGAAGGCUCCUCAGAAUGUGGCUAUGGUGCUGCUCAACAGUUCAGCCAUCAGGGUGACAUGGGAACCAGUGAACGAAAAGACUGUCAGAGGACACCUGCUGGGAUAUAAGAUCCACCUGCUGAGGUUUGGCUCCAGGGGCCACCACCAAGGCCGUAGGGCUAGAGAGCCAGACACCAGUGUUGAGGUGGAGACAGGGCCCAAAGAGGAGAAGAGGGUCCUGGGGGGACUCAGACCCUACUCUCACUACACCCUCACUGUCACUGUGUUCAACAGCAAGGGAGAGGGCCCCCCCUCCAAGACCCUGUCCUUUGAAACUGACGAGGGAGCUCCUGGCCCCCCGAUGUCCUUACGCCUGGACAGCCAUGCAGGCACAGAGAUGACCCUACACUGGACACCUCCUGCCCAACCCAACGGAGUUCUCAAAGGAUACCUGCUGCAGUACCAGAUCGUAAAGAGUGACAGCCCGAUGCAGGUGGAGACGAUAGACGAUCACAAGGUCACUCACCUGACCCUGAAGCAGUUGGACCCUCACAGCCGCUACCGCUUCUACCUGAGGGGGCGCACCUCGGCCGGGGACGGAGAGCCUAUCACCAGGGAGGGAGCUACCACACUGGACGGAGCUCCUCCGUCCAAUAUCAGCUUGUAUGUAGGAGAGAAGUCUGUUAACCUGAGCUGGGUGCCAGGCCAGAGACAGAGGAGUGUGAGCUUCCAGGUCCAGUACCUCAACAAGCAAGACGGUGGGAAGUGGAAGCAGUCUGAGAAGCUGAACUCGUCUGCAUCAUUCUACCAGCUGAAAGGUCUGACCCCGGGGUCACAGUACCGCCUCAGAUUCACCUUCAGCAACAACACCUUCUGGGAGACUGAGAUCACCACAAAGGGAGCAGGGGUGAUGGAUGUGCAGACAGGCUUUGCUACUCAGGCAAACCACGUUGGGUCUAAGCGCCAUAUACUGUUGCUGCUGGUGCUGCUCAUCCUCUGCUUUAGAAUGAGGGCUAAAGGGGGAAAGUAUUCAGUCAAAGAUAAGGAGGAGGGUCAGGUAGACUCUGAGGCGCGCCCUAUGAAGGAUGAAACAUUCGGAGAGUACAGAUCUCUUGAGAGUGACAACGAGGAGAAGCGGACAGCCAGCCAGCCGUCUCUGUGUGAUGAGAGCAAACUGUGUAUCAGUGACGACAACCUGGAUGGCUAUAACAACGGUAGCAUUGCUGUCACCGAGGUGACCAUGGAAGACUCCCUGGUCAGCCAGUACAGCCGACCCAGCGAAGCCACCCCGGACCCGGGCACACUGCAGGACAGCUCCCCCCUCAAUCCCAACACCACCACCAAUGGCCUGCCCAACUCGGCUGCCAUUUUAGAUUAGGCUAGUUAGUUAGAGGUGGCCGUUUUAGAUAAUCCCGUUGCCUUAGUAACUGUUUAUCUGUUAGACCAAAAUAUCUCUGUCAACUACAGUACAACAUGUCAACAAUAUAAACAUGCCCACUGCCCACACACUCCUAGCUAUCUCUAACACAUCUAUCUAGCUAUCUACUUGACUGACUUUUCCAUUGAUAAGAUCACUGACUAUAUGAUCAAUAUACUACUGACCAUUCAGAAGCAUCUGUUAUUCUACAAUGUUAUCUAUCUAGCCAUAUACAGUAUUAUAGAUAUGUACAACAUGUUCAUUAUGAGUUCCAGUGCCUACUGGCCCUCAACACAGAGCACCAGAUUACAUCCUUACUCCAGUCCUCUCUUAUCUACUCUGCUCCUCUCUAAUCUACUCCUCCCUACUCUAAUCUAUUCCUCUCUUCUCUAAUCUACUCCUCUCUACUCUACUGUACUCUACUCUCGCCUUUUCAUCACAAGAGUGACUUCAUUAUUGGUAUGAUAUUGUAAUUUAUAUGUAGACCUCUAGCUUUCUGUAUCUAUUCUGUCUGUCUCUUUCUACGGUGUAUUAA